AUGUUGGGACCCCUGGCCAGAAUUUCAAACCAGUUGGGGAGGAAUGUGAUGCUGAAGUCCGUGAGGAAUGGAUCCCAUGGAGGUGUUCCUGGAGAGAACCUUCCAUUCGACAUCAACAACAGGGCCCGCCUCACGUUCAACUUCUUCUGGUACGUGGGCACCGGCAUCGCCGCGCCCUUCCUCAUCGUGCUGCAUCAGCUCAGGAAGAAACAUUCUGUCCUUAACAACUUUCAAAUUAGGACCGGCAGGACCGCUACGAGAAUGCGGAAAUCGGAAAGGAAAAAUCAAAGAAAAAUCAUCAAAAUGCUAGGACCUUUGGCUCGCGCGUCCAACAAGUUGGGCAGGAAUGUGAUGACCAACAUCGUGAGGAACCACUCCCACGGCGGAGUCCCUGGCGAGAACCUGCCAUUCGACAUCAGCAACCGCUACAAGCUGACGGCAUUCUUCAUCGUCUACGCUGGAUCCGGCCUCUCCGCACCCUACCUGAUCUGCCGCCACCAGCUGCUUAAGAAGUAAACAAGGUAAUCCAU